AUGGCGCAGUGCGUGCGUCGGCUGGUGCUGGCGGCGACGCUCGCCGCUGCGGUGGCGCUGCUGCUGUGCACGAGCAGUGCGCCGGUGGCGCGUGCUGCUGGGACGAACGACUUCACUGCGGCGCAGCGGACGAACACGCUGGCGGUGCUGCAGGCGUUUGGGCGUGCGAUCCCUGAGCUUGGGGAGAAGUGGGCGGGCAACGACUUCUGCUCAUGGGAGUUUAUCGUGUGUAAUGUUAUAGGUGUGAACGUACGGGGAAUCAGUCCGACGUAUGCCGGCACGCUGCCGGAGAUACCUGUGAACGUCGACUACAGGCACGUCGUGAUCAAGCAGCUCGACUUUUCCGAAAUGGGGCCGGGGCUGAGCGGGACGCUGCCGGACAGCUGGAGCAAGCUGGAAGGACUGACUUCCCUUACGUUGUCGGGCAACAAAGUGAGCGGUACGCUGCCCGCCUCAUGGCACUUGAUGAAGCGGUUGACAUCUUUGGUAAUUGCAGACUUUGACAGUAUCACCGGCAGCCUGCCGCCUGAGUGGAGCUCGAUGCCUAAUUUAAACGCUGUGGAGCUGAAGCGACUAAAACUGAGCGGUACGUUGCCUGCGGACUGGAGCUCUUUGAAAUCACUGUCGAACGUCGUUCUUGAGGACACGCCGAUCACAGGCUUGUUGCCCCCGGAGUGGGCCUCGCUGGAGAGAAUACAGCAGCUGGUUCUACGGAAAUUGAAGCUGACCGGCCCUCUCCCUCCUCAGUGGAGCUCAAUGAAGAUAUUGCAGUAUCUUACUCUGGAUGGCACUCAGGUCUCCGGCACGCUGCCGCCCCAGUGGAGCGCGAUGGCAUCGGUGCGAAUUCUUAACCUGGAGGGUACUGAGGUCUCUGGUACGCUGCCGCCUGAGUGGAUAUCGAUGAGCAGGCUGCAAACUCUGAAUCUGCGGCGCACGAAAGUAUCCGGCACUCUGCCGCCCGAAUGGAGUUCUAUGAGCAGCCUGGAGUACUUUCACCUUUAUCUUACUCAGGUCUCCGGCACGCUGCCGCCCGAGUGGAGUGGGAUGUCGAAGGCCGCAUACUUCUGGCUGGAAUACUGCGACCUGUCCGGCAGUCUGCCGCCCGAGUGGUCGUCGAUGCCAAAGCUGCGCGGUAUCUCACUGAGCGGCAACAAGUUCUGCGGGUGUGUGCCGGACUCGUGGGAUCAGAAGGCUGGUCUUGUUGUGGGCAUCGAGGACAAGCACAAGGGCAGCGACUGCUUGGCUGCUAAGGACUGCACAACGACCACCACAAAACCCCCCACCACGACAACGACCCCCACUAAGCCGCCUGCCACAACCACCACUGAGGCACCGGCUGAACCCACGACCACCACUGAGGCACCGGCUGAACCCACGACCACCACUGAGGCACCGGCUGAACCCACGACCACCACUGAGGCACCGGCUGAACCCACAACCACCACUGAGGCACCGGCUGAACCCACGACCACUGCUACCCCAACAAACACGCCGACUCCUGCACCAGAGACGGAGUGCGAGGUGGAUGGGUGUGAGGUGUGCGAGGGGGACUCCGCUGCGAGGUGCGCGAGGUGCCGUGAGGACUACUUCCUGACGGACGAGAGGACGUGCCUGGUGUACUGCGAUGGCGGUGUUGCUGCUGUGUCGAGCGGAGUGGCAGCAGCAGCUGUUGUGUGCGUGGCUGUGCUGUUCAGCGUGGGGCUGGCGGCGUGA